AUGGUUAUAAAUAGGAUGACUGACAAAAAAAAAUAUUUAGCUGAUUAUUCGUUUGAAUAUUCUGUUGAUGAUGACAAACGGUUAACUAGUUUGUUCUGGGCUGAUGGUUUAUGCAAGCUUAACUACAUGGAAUUUGGCGAUGUGAUAUCGUUCGAUGCAACCUUCAAGAUAAACAGGUACAAGAUGGUGUUUGUUCCGUUCACAGGCAUUGACAACCGCUGUCGGAAUCCUAAUGUUGUAGUGACGGAUCAAGACCCUGCUAUGAAACAGGCUAUUGAGGAGGUUGGGCACGAGUUGUGCAAUAAUGAUGAGUUUAAAAGGAGGAUGUGCGACAUUGUUUGGACUGAUUCGAUUAAGCCCGAAGAAUUCGAGAGACAGUGGAAGUUGGUGAUGAUUGAGUUUGGUCUUACUGAAAACAAAUGGAUUGAUGACAUGUUUGGGAUGAGAUCCAUGUGGAUUCCGGCUUUUUACCGGCAUGAGCCAAUGUCAGGUCUUAUGAGAACAACUUCAAGAUCAGAGAGUGAGAACCGUUUUUUUUGUCAGGUUGCUAAUUCACAACUCACACUCGUAGAGUUUAUGAAUUAUUUUGAUGGGGCAAUGGAUGUUCAAAGGUUCAAUCAUAGAAAAAAUGAUCAUAUUUCAAGAUAUACUGAGCCAGCUGAUUGGAGUCAAACAACAUUGGAAAAAGAUGCUGCUAAGAUCUACACCAGGUCUAUAAUUUUUGAUCAGCAAUUAGAGAUACAUGGAACAAUUUCCGAAUGUUUGCCGAUGAACACCAAAGUUGAAGGUCUACGUAUCAGAAUAUUGUUGAAGGACUUUAAAGCACAUGGAGAUGGUUUAUUGGAGAUGUUUGGUGUUAAAGAAAUUCCAAACAAAUAUGUUACGAAGAGAUGGACGAAGGAUGUGGUGCCCAAUGAGUUAAAUGUGAAGUAUAAUCUAAAUAUUGGUGGUAAGGAUGUGCAACACAAGGCUAAACGGAUUGCUCUAACUAAUGCCCCCCCUACUGUUCGUGUGCCGGCUGGUAUAAGAAACAAAGGCCGCGGCUCGCAUAGAAGGAUUAAAUCCAAGAAGGAACAGAUGAUCAACCGCAAAGGGAAAAGGUCAAGGACAUGUAGCGUAUGCAAUGAAAAAGGUCAUGACAUUCGGACUUGCGGCGAGCUUAAAGCCAAACAACAAGGUAAACAGGGAAAAAAGAAGAUGAAGGGUGUCCAGAUUGAAGAUGGUUUGAGAGACCAAGACAAUAAGGGUGAAGACGACGAAGAGGAAGAUGACUUUGAAGAUUACAGUAGUGAUGAUGGAUAUGAAGAAGAAGAUCAGUGGGAAGAGGUGUCUCGAGAUGAAGAUGACGAGGAUGAGUAA